UUUCACAGACUGCUUCAGAGUGCUUGAUAUGUGUGUUAAGAAACGUUACAUUUACGGGUAUUUUAUUUUCCUACACGUAUAAAAGAAAAGUGAUAAACAAAUUUGUGAUAAACAAGUGUAUCUUAUACAAUGGCAAUUCCAGACAUGGAUAUUUCUUUAAAUAUAGUAACAGGUCCAGCUGUUCCAAGGAAAAAGGAUAAACAAAGAAAUGUCGAGUCUUUUAGAACCUCAAUUAAGAGAUUGAAGAAUCAACCUUUUCAAAAAGCCAAAGUACUAAAUACACAAGAGACAGAAAGUAAAAAAAGAAUUAAACAAAAAUCAUUGUCCACUAUUGUUGCUAAAAAAUUGAAACAAACAAAUAUUGCUAAUCAAAAUGUACGACAACAGUCUCAGAUUCUAUUUCAAGCGAAAACAGCGAAAACUGAGUCAAAGAAUAUUAACAAACCUGAUGUUACAAAAGAGGAUUUAAAGUUUGAUAAAGUUUUAUCUACUGUAGAUUAUGAUACAAAUAAACCAAUUAUAUCCUUUGCUAAAACUACUAAAGAAAAUUUUGGUAAAACACUGUUGGCGAAAAGGAGAAAUACUUCAGAGAGUAAACCGAAGAAAUCUCUUUCUGAUAUAUUCUCUAAUCAGUCAAAGAACCAGAAUGAAUCAAAUAUAUCUAUAACUCAAAAACGUGACAUUAAUAGUAAAACAGAGAAAGAAUCCAUGAUAGUAGCUAAAAAAUCAUCUGUUUCGAAGAAAGGGAUAGAUAUCUCGGGUAAAAGGAAAGAAAAGAAACAUAAAGAAAAAACUAUAAAUAAUGACAGGGAAUCAGAUAAAACACCAAAAUUAAUACACAGAGCUGGAGGAAAAACUUCUUCCUUAUUUGGCAAUAAUCCUGAUGUACCAACUAUAGGCCAGAGAUUUGUAAGGCCUGUGCAUGAACCAGUUUUUACGGAGAUCACUUUUGCAGAUCUCAACAUUCAUCCUUUUAUGAUAUCAAAUUUAGAGAAAAAUAUGCACAUAACUAAUAUGACAACGGUUCAACAAAAAGCCAUUCCUCAAAUAUUCUCAGCUAGAGAUGUUUUAAUAAGGUCUCAGACAGGAUCUGGAAAAACAUUAGCAUAUGCUUUACCUAUUGUAGAAUUAUUACACAAAAUUGAACCGAAAUUAAGUAGAAACAGUGGCUUAUCAGCUCUUGUAGUUGUACCAACAAGAGAAUUGGCUUUGCAGACAUAUGAAUGUUUUAUAAAAUUAAUCAAACCUUUUACAUGGAUUGUGCCGGGAUAUAUAGUUGGUGGAGAAAAGAGGAAAGCGGAAAAAGCUCGAUUAAGAAAGGGAUGUAACAUAUUAAUUGCUACACCUGGUAGAUUAUUAGAUCACAUAAAGCAGACAAAAGCGUUGCGAUUGAAUGAAGUUAAAUAUUUUGUGUUAGAUGAAGCUGAUAGAAUGCUUGAUAUGGGAUAUGAAAAAGAUAUUUCUGGGAUAGUAAGCGCUUUAAAAAUAUCAAGUUCUAAUAAUAACUCAGAAUACGACCCUAUGAAGAUAUUUAAACAAAAUGCAAACAAGUCAGAUGCAGAUGAAAAGAUUGAAGAAACGUCCAAACAAGAUGUUGAAUCUUCUGAUAACAUAAAAAAAAGUAAUAUCGAUGUAAAGAAACAAGAAUAUCAUUCAAAUGAUGACAGCGAUAAUGAUCAAACUAUUGUUCCAUUGAAAAAAAAGAAAAAAGUUACAAAACAUUCCGGCGCGAAAGAAAAACUUAAUGUGAAAGUGGAUAAUACUCAAAACGCUGAACAAGAUAGUGAAAAUAUAGAUCGAUCAAAAAGACAGACAAUUUUGCUAUCUGCAACUUUGACGCAAGCCGUUGAAAAAUUAGCGGGUCUCACAAUGAACAAUCCACUCUUCGUCGAUGCGGCGAAAGAAAAUUUAGAAAUGGCUGGAGGAGAUACUAGCGAAAUUAACGAAGAUUUAAUAGUCCCAGAAAGUGUAAUUCAAAGUUAUAUAGUCACUCCACCUAAAUUAAGAAUGGUCACUCUGAGUGCUUACAUCGCCGGAAGAUGUCAGAUUCCUGGGCAACAUAAGAUGUUGAUUUUUAUGGCUACGCAAGAUAUGGUGGACUAUCAUACCGACAUUUUGUCUUUUAUCCUUACAAAACCAAUAGACGAUAAUGACGAAGAUUCUGACCCGCUUGUUGACGUAGAAUUCUUUAAACUGCACGGCAACAUGACGCAUAUGGAAAGGAAAGAGAUCUUCAAAACUUUCAGACAAGCCAAAAGUGGAGUACUGCUGUGUACGGAUGUCGCAGCGCGAGGAUUAGAUAUGCCGAAAGUAGAUUGUGUCGUUCAGUAUACAGGACCAAUUUCGGCUAGAGAUUACGUUCAUCGAAUCGGUAGAACCGCACGCGCCGGAUGCUCCGGCACGGCGACAAUCUUUCUGACGCCCCCAGAAAUCGAGUUUGUUCGGAUGCUCGAGUCGCGGCGCAUCAGAAUCAAGCAGCAGGACAUGAACGAUAUCCUAGACAAGCUACUGGGACCUUUCUCCAAGCACAACUCCGUACAAGCAACGGCUACCGCUCUCCAAAACGACUUCGAAAAUUUAGUGCUGGAGAAUAAACAACUCGGCGAGAAAGCGUGCAAAGCGUACCUUUCCUGGACGCGUUUCUACUCAUCUUAUCCGCGCGACAUGCGCGAAAUAUUCAAUCGAAAGGAGCUUCAUUUGGGUCACUAUGCCAAGAGUUUCGCGUUGCGGGCUCCGCCGCAACGAAUCGGCGUAGUCGGCAAGAAGCUGCACGAGAAGGAAAGCUCCAAGCCUAAGCACGACAACCGUUUAACGAACAAAUCAUCCGACGGGGUGCCGCGACCGGAGAAGAGGAGUCAAGUCGACGAGAGAAGAACGGGGUUGCUGAAGAGGGUCAGAAUGCUUAACACCUCCGAAUAUGACAGCGGCCUCGAACCCCUGAAGAAGCCAAAAAAGUGACUCCGUGCUUCGAACGAUCGGUUCGACACGAUGUAAACAGAGUGCGAUUCCACAUCUGUGAUUCGCUCUGUGUAAAUAUAUUGAUGAAUGUUAAAUGCACAUUAAAUGUUAAUUAAAUAUUUUAA